AUGAAGCCCCGGUUCACGAGAGCGCCCAUCACGGAGGCCGGCCGUGUUGCCUAUCUCGGCGAGUCGUCCAACUUGACCUUGCUGGUACACGACCAGGCUGGCUCGACCGAUGUCGUCCACUACCCGCUGCCUGAGAAUGUGCGCGGUUCGCGUGCACGUCUCACCGAGUUAGACAAUGUUGAGAUUGAUAUUUUGCACCAACGGGGCGCAUUCUUGCUCCCUCCACGCGACCUGUGCGACGAGCUGAUUGAUGCCUACUUCAAGUGGGUGCACCCGAUCGUUCCGGCCAUCAACCGUACACGCUUUAUGCGCCAGUAUCGCGACACAAACAACCCCCCCUCACUCCUGCUGCUCCAAGCCGUCCUCCUCGCCGGCUCACGCGUCUGCAAGAAUCCGAAACUUAUGGAUGCCAACGGCUCCACGACACCGGCCGCCCUGACGUUUUACAAGCGCGCCAAAGCUCUCUACGACGCCAACUACGAAGACGACCGUGUUACCAUUGUGCAAUCGCUACUUCUGAUGGGCUGGUACUGGGAAGGUCCGGAAGACGUCACCAAGAACGUUUUCUACUGGAGCCGCGUCGCCACCAUUGUGGCGCAGGGCUCUGGUAUGCACCGAAGUGUGGAAGACUCGCAACUGAGCACGACCGACAAGCGCUUAUGGAAGCGUAUUUGGUGGACGCUCUUUACGCGCGAUCGCUCGGUUGCUGUUGCUCUGGGCCGCCCCGUGCACAUCAACCUGGAAGACUCGGACGUCGAGAUGCUCGUCGAAGAGGACUUUAACGAAGACGAGCCGGAUCAGCCGAGCGAGUACAAAACGGACCCCCUCCAAGCUCAUUUCUUCAUGCAGUACGUCAAGCUGUGUGAGAUUAUGGGGUUGGUGCUCUCCCAGCAAUAUUCGGUUGCCUCCAAGGGCCGUCAGAAGAGCCCCAUGGACCUAGCGCACAGUGACAUGGCGCUGGCCGACUGGCUGCAGAACUGUCCGCCGAUUGUGUGCUGGAAUUCUGCCAGUCGCAACUUCUGGUCGGGCCUCUUGUUCUCGACCUACUACACCACGCUCUGUCUCCUGCAUCGUGCCUAUAUGCCCCCCGGGUCUUCCAGUCGCUUUGGUGAUGAGUCUGCUAUGUACCCAUCUCGCACGAUCGCGUUCCAGGCCGCAAACAACAUUUCUCAUAUCAUCGACUACAUGAACAGCUCUGAUCAGUUGCGGUUCUGCCCAGCAUUUAUCGUCUACAGUCUUUUCUCUGCCCUCAUCAUGCACGUCUACCAGAUGCGGUCGCCCAUCCCGUCGAUUCAGAUGGUCACACAAGACAACCUGCAGAUCUGCAUGAACGGCCUGAAGGAGGUGUCCAAAGUGUGGCUCGUCGGCAAAAUGGUCUAUGCACUCUUCGAGUCCAUCCUGGGCAACAGAACGUACGAAGACCGCCUUAGACGAGCUGCCGGUCAGAGGCAUCAUAAGAUGCAACAGGUCUUCACGGGCCUCGAGCAGCAAGCUGCCGCUCAGCAACAGUCUCAGCAACAGCCCAACAGGCAGGCUCAGCAGCAGGUUCAGCAGCAGGCUCAGCAGCAGCAGCAGCAGGCCCAACAACAACAACAGGCUCAGCAGCAACAACAAUAUGAUCUGUCGAAGCGCAAGUACGACGACAUGGCCAUCGACUUCAGCGUUAACACGCCACAGCCGCAGGAGUCCUAUGAGCGGUCCAGACCACAGACGCCAAGUCUUGCGAAUGCAAAGGCUGAGUCGGGUACGGGCACCGCGAUGCCACCUCCAUCAGCGAUCACGUCGCCGCCCACAAAGCAAGCUGGCGACGCGUUCAUGGGUGGAAACGGGCCGUCCAAUGCAGCCGGUGGUACGGCAUCCCGGCCACAGACGCGUCCGCACACGCCAUUUAACCCCUCUUACUCGGUCCCAACGACCCCGCCAGACCUGUACCUGGUCACGCGCAACUCGCCGAUUUUGUCGCAAUCUGUCUGGGAAAACUUCCAACCAGACCAGCUCUUCCCUGACGGCACCGGCUUCUCGACCAUGUUCCCGCCGACCAUGUCCCCGGGUGGCACGACACAGACACUGGACCCCAACAUGAUCAACUCUGGUAUGCCUCAGACACAGCAGCAGCAGCCUCAGCAGAGUCCUUUUGUCCAACAUGCCGCCCCUGUCUCCACUGCUGAUGCCAGCAACAACGGCGGUAUUGGUGGCACCAGUGCAAGCCCCAUGCAAAACCCGAGCAUGCUGGCACCGGGCAUACCUGGUUUCCAACAAGGUAAUGGCGGUCAACAACAGCAGGGCUGGAACGCUAAGACAGAUGCUGCAAUGCACGACGGCCAAAGCCCGAGCGAUAGCUGGAGUACGGGUUCCGUCGGUGGGCAGCCCGUGCCGUCGACUCUCAAUGUUGAAGAUUGGUUCCAAUUCUUUGGCAUCAACGGUGACGCCAGCGCGAUGAACCUAGAUCUUUCGUCUCUUACAUAA